ACCGGAAGUAGUCACUGCGCGGAUACGUCACUUUACUCCAAUGCGGAAGAGGUCGUCAUCGUUAAAAGCUACUGUUGAAAGCCCGAACAUGUCGUGGAUAAGAGAGGGGGAAUUAAACCUGCUUGAGAAGAUUUCAGCCAAUAUCCUGAAGGCUGGACCCAUGCCUAAACACGUGGCCUUCAUCAUGGAUGGCAACCGCCGCUUUGCGCGUAAGAAAAACAUGGAGCGCCAAGAAGGGCACAUGCAGGGCUUCAACAAGCUGGCAGAGACAUUACGGUGGUGUAAGCACCUGAACAUCCGAGAGGUUACAGUGUACGCCUUCAGCAUCGAGAACUUCAAGCGCACUCAAAACGAAGUGGAUGGGCUGAUGGAGCUGGCCAGGCAGAAGUUUGAGAAGCUGUUGGAUGAACGGGAGAAUCUGGAGAAGCAUGGCGUGUGCAUCCGGGUGCUGGGCGACUUGAAUAUGCUGCCGCUGGACCUUCAGCAGCUUAUUGCUAAAGCUGUGGUCAGCACCAAGGCGCACAAUAAAUGUUUCCUGAAUGUGUGCUUUGCCUACACGUCGAGAUAUGAAAUCACCAAUGCGGUCAGAGAAAUGGCUUGGGGAGUGGAGCAGGGCUUGAUCAAAGCAAGUGACGUUUCUGAGCCUCUGCUCAGUGAGUGUUUGUACAGCAAUAAAUCUCCCAAUCCUGAUCUGCUCAUCCGCACUUCUGGAGAGGUGCGACUCAGCGACUUCCUUCUUUGGCAGACGUCCCACUCCUGUCUAGUGUUUCAGUCGGUUCUGUGGCCCGAGUAUUCGUUCUGGAACCUGUGUGAAGCCAUUCUCCAAUAUCAAUUAAAUCACACAUCCAUUCAGAAAGCCAGAGACCUCCAUCGAGAGCACCAGGCCUCACAGCAGCUCGAGGCGGACCGUGCCUGUGUCGCAGAGCACCUGCAGCAUCGUGGGAACGGGAAGCCCGCCGAUGCACAGAGAAGACAGGAGGCCCUGCUGCACUACACCACCCGCCGGGAAGAACGGAUUCAGGACUUCCUUGAAGCGCUGAAGCACAAGAGAGACUCUUUCAUUCAUGACUUGUGGAGCGACGCUGUCUCGGCCUAGGAAAGGCUCCGAGAAGGAUGAAACCUCCCCGGUCCUCUUCCCAAAAGGAAGAAAUGAAGAGUGAACAGUAACAGUAGCUGUGUUACUGGUUUGUACAAAACGAGAGGGCAGUUUUACCCCUAUGGGGCUGUAAAAUAAUCAAUAUUUAUGAUUGAAGAUCUAAAAAAGAAAGUCUAAUAGGUGGAAACGUCUGGUCAAGAUGUAGUUAAGUAAUUGUGUAAAUUGUCUGUCAACUGCAUGCUAUUGAUUGGAAGAUCUAAUUACAUGAAUGAAUGCCAGGGAUCCCAAAGCAGCCGUCCAGAUUAAUGUAAGUCAGAGCAGUUUUGUUGAGUGUGAACUUUGAUGACAUAACUAUAUUUUGACCAGCCUCCUUUAACAGAAUAAAGCGAUUAUUGUAUGUCCGCUACGAUUAAGUACAAUUCCGACCUUUGUUCUUGCAUACCACAUGUUAAUAGGCUGUCUUUGAACAGUUAUUGCCUCCGUCUGACUGUUAAUACGUCGGUAUGUCAAGUCUGAACUCAGUAGAGAAAUAUCACUUGAAUCUCAGAUUUCUGUUUGGUCCACGAGAUUACUGAGGUCUUUCUACAGAUCAACAGCCAGAUCAACUGAACCUCUAGUUUCUACUUGUAGCUGCUGGAGUCAGUACUGGACCUCUCCACUGAUUCACAUGGUAGAUGUACAGUUUUAAUUGAGCAAUCCAUUGCGUAUAUUAAAUCAGUCGGAUUGUAUAUAUUUGCUAUUUGGUCCGAAGCAAAUAUUUACUUCGUAGUUGUAAUGUUUUAGUACAUAUAAAGCUCGGUAAACUAUGACUCCUUCAAUUUUAUCUCCUACUUAUUUUAUUCCAUUUUCCUACGUCCAAACUGCAAAAACAUCUUCUUAAUCCACUUAGUAGAAUUAGGAGUUUUAAUGCCCUUCCAUAGGAAAUAUUAAUAUUAUCAAAACUAAUAUUUUCAGUGAGGCAAUCCUAAUGCAACUGAUGUCACUUUAAUCCAAUGGGGUAAGAAAUAUUGAGGUAUUUAACUUAAAAGUAGCAAUACCACAGUAUCAAAACAUCAAAGGAUGAUUAGCAACAAAAUGUACUUAAAAGUAUCUACAGUCAAAAGUACUACAAAGCUAAAUGGCCCCAUUUUGGGUGUUUUAUUGAUGAUUUAUGAAUAGUUAGAAAAUAAUUACUAAUGCAUAAACAAGUAUGCAGCAUUUUAAUGUCAUGGUGGAGCUAAUUUAAACUACUUUAUAUUCUGUUGGAUAGUUAACAUUCACCUGUUUUGCAUUGAAAAAUGGGAUUUGAAAGCUAAUUAAUAUAGAUUUUGUUAAUAGAAUUUUUUUACUCUGUGGCAUUGCUACUUAUUUUGUCGGUAAAAGUACUUCUUCUACUUGGCCUACUUGUUUAUGAUGCAGUGCAUUUUUUUAGACUACAAACCUCAGAGCCCUUCAACACAGCGCCCCCUCGCGACACUGAUCAGUAUUUUCCCGGGUUGCUCCUGCCUCUUUAACAAAUGGGCGGCGCUUGGACGCACGUGACGUAUUUGCAUCCAAUGACAGACAGCGAAACACAAAACCGGUUCGAACCGGUUUCGUUCUUAUAUUUCAGCGUAUAAACUACAAAAAACAUUCGUUUGCAUUAUACAUUCGCCAUUUUACGCAGCGACUGGUCGGUUGUUGUGUGUUAUCUCUGCGCGAGAAAAAAAAAAAAAAAAAAAAAACGAUUCAAUUUGUUGUGCUCUCUGUCCACUUCCUAUCAACAACAUGGGCAAAUCGAAGGCUGUCCGCCCUGAGGAAAGACGAUUUUCCAAGCGGCUGGCUGCUGUGAACCCUCCCAGAGUGCUGGAGGUUAAGAAGAAACCUGCUGUAAAAAAGGCAAUCAAAGCAAAGAAGACCAAACUAGCUGAAAAUGGGAACGCCAAGGCUGAGGAGCCAAAGGCCGAAGCCGCUGAAGCCAAAUGAAUAACAGUUGAUGUGCUCACUCUGUGUACUUGGUGAUUGUACAGUUUUAAAUUAGUAUUUUUUACCAAGUUUUAUAUUACAAAUGUCAUUUAUAUGUUUGUUUGGGCUUGCACUUGUAACAAAAGUUUGUUGUCACAUUCAUAUCCAUUUUAUAUCCAUUUAAAAAUGAUUACCGUCCAUAUCUCGUAGACGUGGCAUUUUUAGUUUGUCUAAUCCUAUUUUAUUUUUUUUUGUUGUUUUUUUUAAACUGCUGAGUAAUAGAUAUUUUCCACCAAGUUGGAAUUGGAAUCUAAUUUUAAACAUUAUGAGGCAGCUAAAGCAUAUUGUUAAAAUUUGAGGGAAAAUAGGAAUUUUGCCUUUUAUCUCCUUGUAUUUGAAUGUCAAACUAAUAAGAAAUUGCUUACCAAAUGUUUUUGAAACACUGUACGUUGAAACAAGUUCCAAUCAGUGAAAACACCACAAAAAAAAUCCUGUUAUUAGGUGAAAAAGAUUGAUGCAUCCCAAAAACAUGUACGACGUCAACCUGGUCAUCUGAUGAAAAGUCCCGUUAAGUUAUGUUUCUCUCCUGACUGAAGCUUUUCUGACUUUAAUGGCUGAUCUAAAUGUUCUUGAAUAAAAAUUGUCAAAAUGUU